GCGCGUGUUCGCCGUGGGGUGCCGGUUGCGAGGUGGCUCGCUCGUUCUGCGAUCUAUUGAGAGAGGCUUCUGAGAGCCCACUGUUGGUGUCGGGCGGGAGGGAAGAUGGCGGCGGGCGGCCUGGUGGGGAAGGGGCGCGACAUCAGCCUAGCGGCCCUGAGGCGCCACGACCCGUAUAUCAACAGCAUCGUGGACGUGGCCAGCCAGGUGGCUCUGUACACUUUCGGCCAUCGGGCCAACGAGUGGGAGAAGACUGAUGUGGAAGGAACCUUAUUUGUUUACACAAGGUCUGCUUCUCCAAAGCACGGAUUCACCAUUAUGAAUAGGCUGAGCAUGGAAAAUAGGACAGAACCCAUUACUAAAGACCUGGAUUUCCAACUCCAGGAUCCUUUCCUUCUCUACAGAAAUGCCAGAUUGUCCAUUUAUGGAAUUUGGUUUUAUGAUAAGGAAGAAUGCCAAAGAAUUGCAGAGCUUAUGAAGAACCUAACUCAAUAUGAACAGUUGAAAGCCCAUCAGGGAGCUGGAGCAGGAAUCUCCCCCAUGAUCCUCAAUUCAGGAGAGGGCAAAGAAGUAGAUAUAUUACGAAUGCUCACCAAGGCCAAAGAUGAAUACACAAAGUGUAAAACCUGUUCUGAGCCAAAACAGAUAACCAGUUCAUCUGCCAUCUAUGACAACCCCAAUCUCAUCAAACCAAUUCCAGUGAAACCCAGUGAAAACCAGCAACGGCGCACACCUCAGCCCAGUCAGGUCUUAGACCCUGAACCCCAACACUUAUCCUUGACAGCUCUGUUUGGGAAGCAGGGCAAAGCUACAUGUCAGGAAACUGUGGCGCCUCCACAGACCCUCCACCACCAGCAGCAGCCAGAGAAGCUUCCGAUUAGGCAUGGGGUUGUUCGCUCUCUGUCCUAUGAGGAACCCAGAAAACAUUCGCCGCCCCUGGAGAAGCAGCUCUGUCCAGCCAUCCAGAAACUCAUGGUCAGGAGUGCAGACCUCCACCCAGUGUCAGAGCUGCCUGAAAACCGGCCCUGUGAAAACGGCAAUACCCAUUCUUCUGGGGAAGUUUUUACUAGACCUGUCCAGCCAGGGUCUCCUCAUAUGAUUGGGACUUCUCAUGGUGUACGAAGUGCUUCCAAAGCCCAGAACCUGUUAGAGAAGUUUCAGAGCACCCCAGGGGCAGUGAACAAGUAUGACCCUAGUGCACGAGCAUCUGCCAGCUCAGCUGCCCCAAACUGCAGCAGAACUCUCCAUGCUGCCACCCUGGUGGCUCCAGUAAAGGGUUUGGCUCAGCCACAACUGGUAUAUUUCAAUGGCUCCCUUCCGCCUCAGGCAUUAGGACAUCAGGCUCAUGGAAAAGAACAGUCUACACUCACAAGACAAAUGCUCCCCCUCUCUGGCAAUCAGACUAGCAGUUCUGGAGUGAUCUCCCCUCAGGAGCUACUGAAAAAGCUUCAGUCUGUGCAGCAGGAGCAGCAGCUGCAUGCAUCUAACCGACCAGCCUUGGCAGCGAAGUUCCCUGUGGGAACUCAGAGCUGUAGAACAGGGAAACCCUUGGAAUCCUGGAUCAACAAGACAUCCGGCACAGAAAAGCCGACUCCUCUUUUUCAGGUCAUCUCACCCCAGCGCAUCCCUGCUACGGUGGCACCUUCUCUGCUCAUGUCCCCCAGGGCGUUCACACAAUCCACCUCUGCUCCACCAAAGGAGAGGGAGAGGGGGCUCUUGCCCCUGGGAGGCCAGGAGCUACCUGUUGCCUCCACCAGCCUCCUCCUGCCCCUGCAGAGCCCAGAGCCCUCCUGGAUCACCAGCAGCCCACUCACCAAGCUACAACUUCAGGAAGCACUGCUAUACCUCAUCCAGAACGACGACACCUUCUUAAAUGUAAUCUAUGAAGCCUAUCUCUUCAGCAUGACACAAGCAGCCAUGAAAAAGACUGUGUGAAAGCAAAUCCAUUUAAAACUGGAUUCCAGGUCCUUCUAGAACUCCAGCACAAGGUUCUUUCACGUUAAGUGGUGUUACCUUAAAUGUUUCUGCCUUUUUAAAAAAG